UGUCCUGACCUGGACUUGGGUUUCUGCAGAGGAUCGCGUGUCCCGAAGAGGUGUUGGAGAGCACCAUGGCUGAGCAACUCCUUCCUCUGGCUUUGUAUUUGAGCAAUAUGCGGAAAGCUGUGAAGAUAAGAGAGAGAACUCCAGAAGAUAUUUUUAAACCUACCAAUGGAAUCAUUCACCAUUUAAAAUCCAUGCACCGGUACACGCUGGAAAUGUUCAGAACUUGCCAGUUUUGUCCACAGUUUCGGGAGAUCAUCCACAACGCUCUCAUCGACAGAAACAUCCAGGCCUCCCUGGAAAGCCAGAAGAAGCUCAACUGGUGUCGAGAAGUCAGGAAGCUUGUGGCGCUGAAAACAAAUGGUGACGGAAACUGCCUCAUGCAUGCUGCUUCCCAGUACAUGUGGGGUGUUCAGGACACAGACUUGGUCCUGAGGAAGGUGCUCUUCAGCACCCUCAAGGAGACGGACACCCGCAACUUUAAAUUCCGCUGGCAGCUGGAGUCUCUUAAGUCUCAAGAAUUCGUGGAAACGGGGCUUUGCUACGAUACCCGGAAUUGGACUGAUGAAUGGGACAGCCUUGUCAAAAUGGCAUCCACGGACAUACCAGUGGCCUGCAGUGGACUUCAGUAUAAUUCACUGGAAGAAAUACACAUAUUUGUCCUUUGCAACAUCCUCAGAAGGCCGAUCAUUGUCAUUUCAGACAAAAUGCUGAGAAGUUUGGAAUCAGGUUCCAAUUUCGCUCCUUUGAAGGUGGGCGGAAUUUACUUGCCUCUCCAUUGGCCUGCCCAGGAAUGCUACAGAUACCCCAUCAUUCUCGGCUACAACAGCCAACACUUUGUACCCCUAGUGACCAUGAAGGACAGUGGACCUGAAAUCCGAGCUGUUCCACUUGUUAACAGAGAGAGAGGAAGAUUCGAAGACUUAAAAGUUCACUUUUUGACAGAUCCUGAAAAUGAGAUGAAGGAAAAGCUCCUGAAAGAGUACUUGAUGGUGAUAGAAAUCCCUGUUCAAGGCUGGGACCAUGGCACCACCCAUUUAAUUAACGCUGCAAAGCUGGAUGAAGCUAACUUACCCAAAGAAAUAAACCUGGUAGAUGAUUACUUUGAACUUGUUCAGCACGAGUACAAGAAGUGGCAGGAAAACAAUGAGCGGGGGCGGAGAGACAUGCACCCCCAGAAUCCUUUGGAACCUUCUGUCCCCCAGCUUUCUCUCAUGGACAUCAAAUGCGAAACGCCCAACUGCCCUUUCUUCAUGUCCGUGAACACCCAGCCUUUGUGCCACGAGUGCUCGGAGAGGCGGCAAAAGAAACAAACCAAAGCCCCAAAGCCCAGCUCGAAGCCAGGCCCUGAGGUGCUGCCCCGCCUGGUGCUCGGGGCCUCCCGGGGGGAGGCCUGGAGCCCCGAGGAGCCCACCGGGGGUCCCCACUCAGCCCCUCCGACAGCACCCAGCCUCUUCCUGUUCAGCGAGACCACGGCCAUGAAGUGUAGGAGCCCUGGCUGCCCUUUCACCCUCAACGUGCAGCACAAUGGCUUCUGCGAGCGAUGCCACAACGCCCGGCAGCUUCCCGCGGGCAACCCCUCGGACCCUGCGCAGCAUCUCAACCCCGGCAAGUGCCAAGCCUGCCAACAGGACGUCACCAGGACAUUUAAUGGGAUCUGCAGUGCUUGCUUUAAAAGGACUACAGCCGAACCCACCCCGAACCUCAGCUCGAGCAGCCCCCUCUCUUGCCACCAGCGCUCCAAGUCUGACCCCUCACAGCUCGCACAGAGCCUCUCCCCGCACGCCUGCCGCGGAGCUGGGCCCGAGGCUCCCUCUGGCCACCGCUCCCCGGCCGCACGGACUCCAGGGGACAGGACGGGGACAAGCAAGUGCAGGAAAGCGGGCUGCAUGUACUUUGGGACUCCAGAGAACAAAGGCUUUUGCACGCUGUGUUUCAUCGAGUACAGAGAAAAUAAACAUUUUGUCCCUGCCUCAGGGAAAGCCAGCCCCAUGGCCUCCAGGUUCCAGAACACUGUCCCCUGCCUGGGCAGGGAAUGCGGUGCCCUCGGAAGCAGUGUGUUUGAAGGAUACUGUCAGAAGUGUUUCAUCGAAGCUCAGAACCAGAGAUUCCAUGAAGCGAAAAGGACUGAAGAGCAGCUGAGGGCGAGCCAGCACAGAGACUUGCCCCGAGCCACCCAGAGCCCCUCCUGGUCCAAGUGCACGCGGGCCACCUGCAGGAACGUGCUGGCCUGCUGCAACCAGGAGCUGUGCAUGGAGUGCCAACACCUCGGCCAGCGCAUGGCCGCCAGCACCCGGCGGCCCGAACCCGUCCCUGAGGAGCCCCCCACGCAGCGCUGCCGGGCCCCCGCCUGUGAGCACUUCGGCAAUGCCAAGUGCAACGGCUACUGCAACGAGUGCUUUCAGUUCAAGCAGAUGUAUGGCUAA